AUGUCGCUGCCAAUGAAUUCGCUGUAUUCGCUCACCUGGGGCGAUUACGGCACCAGCCUCGUAUCGGCCAUCCAAUUGUUGCGCUGCCAUGGCGACCUCGUCGACUGCACGCUGGCCGCCGGCGGGCGGAGUUUUCCCGCCCACAAGAUAGUCCUGUGCGCCGCCUCCCCCUUUCUACUGGACUUGCUCAAGAAUACACCAUGCAAGCACCCAGUGGUUAUGUUGGCCGGCGUGAAUGCGAACGAUCUGGAGGCGUUGCUGGAGUUCGUGUACCGCGGCGAGGUGAGCGUGGAUCACGCCCAGCUGCCGUCGCUGCUGCAGGCCGCCCAGUGCCUCAACAUCCAGGGACUGGCCCCGCAGACAGUGACCAAGGACGACUACACCACCCAUUCGAUUCAGCUGCAACACAUGAUUCCGCAACACCACGACCAGGACCAACUGAUAGCCACGAUCGCCACGGCCCCACAGCAAACGGUGCACGCCCAGGUGGUGGAGGACAUCCAUCACCAGGGCCAGAUCCUCCAGGCAACGACCCAGACCAACGCAGCAGGACAACAGCAGACCAUUGUGACCACGGACGCGGCUAAACAUGACCAGGCAGUGAUUCAGGCAUUCCUCCCGGCACGCAAGCGCAAACCGCGCGUCAAUAAAAAGUCACCAACGGCACCGAAAAUAAGCAAAGUUGAAGGAAUGGACACGAUUUUGGGCACACCGACUUCAUCGCACGGCUCGGGAUCAGUGCAACAGGUGCUCGGCGAAAAUGGAGCCGAGGGCCAGCUGCUUUCAUCCACGCCGAUCAUCAAAAGCGAAGGACAAAAGGUAGAGACUAUUGUGACCAUGGACCCCAACAACAUGAUACCGGUAACGUCGGCCAAUGCGGCAACUGGCGAGAUCACAACGGCACAGGGAGCAACUGGCUCAUCCGGCGUCAAUACGAGUGGCGGUUCAUCCACGCCAAAGGCCAAACGCGCUAAACAUCCACCCGGAGCAGAAAAACCACGAUCGCGGUCGCAAUCGGAACAACCUGCUACUUGCCCCAUUUGCUAUGCUGUCAUACGUCAAUCGCGGAACUUGCGGCGCCAUCUCGAGCUGCGGCACUUUGCCAAGCCGGGCGUGAAGAAGGAGAAGAAAAGUAAGUCCGGUAACGAUACCACCUUAGACUCCAGCUUGGAGCUGAACACGACGGCAGAGGGCGACAACACAGUGGGCAGUGAUGGACCAGGCGGAGCGGGAUCAGCUGGAGGACAAUCAUCCGCAACCAGUGGCAAAAAGUCGAGUAGCGGAUCCAGCGCCUCGGGAUCGGGCGGAGCACUCAGCUCCAGCGGCAGUGUGCCGCAGGUGCAGACGGUGCAAUCCCUGCACACGUUGCAGGGCGUGCAGGUCAAAAAGGAUCCCGAUGCCCAGCAGCAGCAGCAGCAACAACAGCAGCAACAGCAGGCAAUGGCAGUGAGUGGCUCGGCGGGCGGACAAGUGCAACAGCAGCAGGUGCAGCAAGUGCAGCAACAAGUCCAGCAGCAGCAGCAACAGCAGCUACAACAUCAUCAAAUCAUAGACUCCUCGGGAAACAUAACAACGGCCACGACGAGCGCUCAAGCGGCGGCUGCCGCCCAGCAACAGGCGGCCAGUCAGCAGCAACAACUGGUGGCCCAAUCCGCCGAUGGCAGCGAGAGCGGAGCACCGCUUUCGAUUGCCCAGGUGCAGACGCUGCAGGGCCAUCAGAUCAUAGGCAAUUUAAAUCAGGUGAAUAUGACUGACUUCCAGCAGCAACAACAGCAGCAGCAGCAGCAGCAGCAACAGCAGCAGCAGCAACAACAGCAGCAGCAGCAACAGCAAACACAACCACAACAGACGCUCUGAUCGGACCGAAGACGUACUAGAUCCACUAUGUACUAUUCUAUAUAGCUAUUAGUUUUGGUUUUGCUAAACGCUUUAAAUAUCCUUCUCGCCGAAUGCGUAGACAAUUUCUAAAUUAAUUUUAAAAGCCGCAAAGGCACAUUUAGUUGUUUACUAUUUUGUUGUACAAUUUUUACGACUUUAAAUGUUGAUUUGCCCCCUAUAAUUUAGUUUUGUUGCUAGUUUUACGUUUAAGUGCGCUAUGGUUAUUGGAAAGUACGUGCAUACCUAAUUUCUCUUCCACAACUAUCCAUUUUGUAUAGUCUAACCAAUGUCCCAAUGCUAGAGGAUCUCUAGUCAGAUUGAAAUCCUCCAGAUCAGUGAAAAUCUUGCAAUCAAAGAAGGUUCCCUUGCUCAGGGCCAGAUUUCGGCCUUGAGCGAUGGCACCUUGCCUUAAGAAAAUGUAGUUAAAUAUAAAUACACUUAGACUUAAAAUUCUUGAUUUACAAACAGCUACUUAAGCAGCUCAGAACUAUUUGAUCUGAUCAAAGAAGAGUUCGCUCAAGAGGGGUUUCUGAAAACCCGAAAUUCGUGUCUGCCCACCAACAACCACUCAAUUAAUCAAUCUUUCUGAUUUCUCUGCAAUAGUUUUUAUUUAAGUACUAUGCGCUCUAAGUUUAAAUCAAAAACAUUUUUAUGUAUAUUUCGUAAUUUUAAUAGUUGGAAAUUUUUCAUAAAGACCACAUUUUGUUGUUUUAGAAAGAUGAAAAAUAUCCCCGAGAAUUAUGAUUUAAUUGUAUAAAUUUAAACACCUGGGGAUAUUUCAUCUACCUGAAGUGGUCAAGUUACUGUUAGUCUCCUCACAUACUUAAAUAAAAUCUAAAUUGAUUUAAAGCAAAUAAAAAAACAAGUAAAAUAAAAAAAACCCUUUUAAACACA